AUGUCUUCGGAAAACAGACCUGGAAGUUUUUUGUUCGUACCAGAUGUAAAAUCAGCUGAAAAGGUGCUCCACGAGCAUGAGUUGGAUACGACAACAAGUUUUGUUAUGUACUACAACAUCGGUUUGGGCAAAGGUAAGCUUAAAUGUACGGUCAGUGUAUUCUGUGACUUUACUAAUUAUUGGUUUGUGUACACCAAAAUGGAAUAUCCGGAUGCAGAAUAUUGCAUGUGGCACAGAAGAACCCUUUUUUUUUGGGGGGGGGGGGGAGGGGGGAACAAACAAAAAAAAUUCCUGGCAAUACCAUAAUAGGUUUUUAAAUACAAAACAAACUAACAGAAUAAUAAUGAUGAUAAUAACAACAAUGUUAAUAUCCAAAUAAAAGACUAAAAAAUGGAAGAAAGGUUCGAAUAAGAAACAGAAAUAUCUUGACAAAAGAGGUUGUGAUUGUAGGUGCCCUGGGCCAAAAAAAUGUUGUGCAGCCAUAUAAAAUUCAAAGGGACGAGGAAAGUUGCCUUCACUCUUCAUGCCUCCUGCCUGCUGAAAAUGGCUACAGGACACUGAUAAAAUCUAUACCAGGGUCAGUUCAGAGCAGAAACAUAAACUUACAGAAAAAAAUGAACUGUAGGGGGGGAGGGAAAAAGAAGGGUGGGGCAAAGGCUGUUUUAGAUUGGCUAGAGGGGGGCUAAUUUUUUUCAACAAUUAAUAGGGAGGGUCAUGAUUUUUUAGGUUUUGCAAGGGGUCUUGUCUGUGCUUUUGCAAAUGGGAUUACUUUUACAAAAUAAAUUAACUUCAAAGAUGCAGGUGGUGACGAUGGACAACCCAGUUAGAAGAAUAUUGUCAAAAACUUCACUGCUUUAAUAUUUCACACUUUAAUAAAAGACAAAUCCAGAUCAGCCUGUUUACAAAGGCAACAUAGCUAAAAUUAGGAAUCAGAAAGUGCAAAAGCAGAAGGGCUACAAUGACUGUGCACUCUUUGCUAUAACCUUUGCCACCACUCUAUGCCAUGGUGGUGACCCCACCACCAAGAGAUAUGACCAGAGAGCCAUGCGCCCACACCUUGUUGAUUGCCUGGAGUCUUCAAGGAUGACCGAGUUCCCACCAACUGAUGAUACAGUUGAGCUUGUUCAUCCUGUGGUAGGCAAAAAUGUA